AUCAAUCACCAACGUUUGAUCUGUAACUGUCGCAAUUCAAGCACACAAAUACAGCCACUAAAACCAUCAAAAUGGCAUACAUGUUCGUAGUCAUCGCCGCCUCCAUCUUGGCCACCGCCUACGGAUCUCCCGUAGCAGCACCCAUCUACGCCGCUGGCCCAGCUUACUCUGCACCUGCAUACGCUGCUGCCCCGGCAUACGCUGCACCCUCUUCAUACUCUGCUCCUUCUUACAAACCCGCUUACAAACCAGCAGCAUACGGACACGAAUCUUACGAUGCCCCAGCUCCAUACAACUUCGAAUACAGCGUAAACGACCCACACACCUACGACGUCAAGAGCCAAUCUGAAUACGCCGACGGAAACGGUUACGUCAAGGGAUCUUACAGCCUUUUGGAAGCCGACGGUUCCACCCGUACCGUUGAAUACACCGCUGACGACUACAACGGUUUCAACGCCGUCGUCAAGAACGAAGGUGGAUACAAGGCCCCAGCUUACGCUGCACCAGCAUACUCUGCACCAGCCUACAAGGCCCCAGCCUACGCUGCCCCAGCCUACGCUGCACCAGCCUACAAGGCCCCAGCCUACGCUGCACCAGCUUACUCUGCACCAGCCUACAAGGCUCCAUCUUACUCCGCACCAGCCUACAAAGCCCCAUACUCUGCUCCCUCAUACUCUGCCCCAGCCUACAAGGCCCCAGCAUACGCUGCACCAGCUUACUCCGCCCCAGCUUACUAAGCUAAAUUUUUGACUUUUUAAAACAAAAAUGUCAGUUCUAAUUUAUUGUUAUUUAUUUAUUUAAAUGUAAAUAUAAUAAACAAUUAAUAUUUGCAAAUCCGUAAAA